UUAACAAUACUUAUGUUUUAUCUUUUUAGUCUUAAAUGUCGUUAAAAUUUAAAGCAAUGCAUUUCAUUUAUGGUUAAUGCUUAGCGAUAUUGAUAAAUUUUAUAUGGAUAUUUCUUAUUUACGUAAUUUUGUCUAUUGUUUCAAAAGUAAACUUUAAAAUUAUAAACUUAUUUUACAGUGUAUUGACUAAAACUAUGUCUCUUCUAAGUCUUACAUCCGAUCAAGUGAAGCAAUUUUUACCACUGCACACUUGGACUCCUGUAUUUAUUAUACCUGGUAACAAGGCAAAUAAUGAUGAAAUAUAUAAAAUAACAACAAAUGAAAACUAUUUAAGGAUGUGUCAAGAUAUUCAUAAAAUGGCCAUGUUAAGUCAUACAUUUUGUAAAGUAAAAAGAUUCAAAAUGUUUGAGUUGGUUGCAGUAGAAUUAGAAGGAAUGUGGUGUAGAGGCAGAAUGCUGAGUUAUAAUGAAUUUUUGACCAACAAUACUAUUGUAGCAAUAAUUGAUACUGGAUUAUUAAUUGAAAAAUCAUUAAAUGUUUUAUAUAAUCUUCCAGAAGAUUUAAAGUAUGAUCCUUUGUGUAUUGCAAUAAAACCAGUGAAUGAUAUUCCUAAUUCUCGCAAGUUUUAUGUAAAGCCUUUACUAUCUAAAAGUGAAUUAUAUAAAGGAUAUGUAUUGGUAGAAUUAAAAAAUUGCAAUGAAGAAAUAAAUAAUUUAUGUAUUGAACCUGACCUUGACUUAGUAGAAGUUGAAAAUAUUCACGUAUCUUCAAAUAUCCAAACAUUUGAUCCUAAAAUAAAUGAAAUGUCUAUCAGUAAAAUAUCUAAAAAUAGUAUGAAAUGCAAGCAAAAGGAAAAACUUUAUGAUAAUUUAUUAUUAAACAGUUUUUCUGAAGAAUUUAUUUGUAAUCCAAAAAACAAAUCUAUAUGUUCUACAAAAGAAAGUUAUAAUAAAUUUCAAAUUCAUGCAUGCUUGGAUAAAUCAAAUUUGAAAGAAUAUAUGAACUUUGUGUUUUCCAACGUUUUACAAGAAGUACUUCAGAUAAAAAAAGGAAAUACCUUUCAAGACAUACAUGAUUUUGGUGCUAACUUACUUAAACACCUAACUAUUAAUAUACCUUUUAAAAUGGAUCAUAAUUAUUUAACUUUUGUUAAGCCAGUUAAUGAAAAUAUUAAGUAUAAACCUGAGAAAAUAAAAACAAUAUUAAUAAAUUUUUCUUCAGAUAUUCUCAAAUUACCUGUUAAUGGAAACCAAAAUUUGAAUAAAAUUAACAAUGAAAUAACAUCUAGGGAUCAACAAAAUGUUUUUAAUAUUCCAAGUAAAUCAGUUGUUGAAUUUUGUUAUGGUUCAAAUGUUGAUUUUGUUUAUGUCAACUUUGUAGAACAAAAAAAAAAAUUUGAAGACUAUAUGAACAAUUUUUUUGCUUUUUAUAAUAAUAAUGAUAAUAAAAUGAAUAAAUAUAAUCCUGAGAGAGGUGAUUUGGUUGCUGCAUUUUUACCACUUUACAAAGAAGUUCAUAGAGCUUUAAUACUUAAUAGAAAUACUACAAAUUCCAAAUUAUAUCUUUGUUAUUUUGUUGACAUUGGCUGUAAACAUUAUAUUUAUUCUAAAUUUAUUUAUGAACUAUCAGAAGAUGCAAAGCAAAUUCCCUAUUUAGCACACAGAGUAGGACUUAAAGGAAUGAAAACUCUUAACAAUACUUCAAAAUUAAAUUAUUUAAAAAUUUAUUUUAAAAAAUUGUAUCGAAAACAUUUAAAUAUGUAUUAUGAUGAAAAUGAUAAAGAUGGAUUAAAUAAAGUUGUCUUGAUGAAAUGUGAUAAUGAUGUGGAUAUUUGUCAAGAAAUAAAUAAUUUUUUGGAUGAUUCCAAUUAUUUAAAGAAUAAAGUUUCAAAAGUUCAAAAAAAAAAUUCUAAUACAACAUCUUACAGAUCAAUGUUAAAAUGUAGUUCAAUGGUUGUAAUAGCUCAUUUUGAAUCAAUAAAAAAACUUUAUGUUAGGAUAUUAUCAGAUGAAAGUAUAAAUAGUUUCAACAAUUUAAUGAAAAAAAUGGAAGAUUACUUUUGUAAUAUAAAAGGUGUGAAUGUUAGAAGAAAUCCAAAGGUUGGAGAGAAACUAGGUGUCAGAUCAUCAAUGAAUAUUAUUUUACGGGGAAUUAUUUGUCAAAAAGUUAAUGAAAAUUGUUUUUUGGUAUUUUAUAUGGAUUUUGGUAGCAUUGAAUAUAUAGAAGGAAAAAAUUUGUUUGAAUUACCUUAUGAGCUAAGAUGUAUACCUCAGACAGUUAUUAAAAUUGGUAUAAACUUGACAACACCAGUUGUAGCUUUACCUGAACAAAUUACUAAUUAUUUCAACAUGCUAAUUUCAUCAUCAACCCCUUUAUUUGUGGUAUUUGUUGAUGAAAAUGAUCCUCGUGGAUAUAAAAAUGUACUAUUAACAAAAGAUGGUAUUGAUUUAUGUCAAGACAUUAAUUACUAUUGUUCAAGUAUUUAAGUAUAAAUAUAUAUAUAUAUAUAUUAAAGAAAGUAUUCAGUUAUAUUUUUCAUGCAAAUUUUAUAAUUUAUCAUGUUGUAAAAUAGAAAGUUUUUUUUUUAUUCAGUUAUAAGGUUUCUUUUUUUUUAUUUAUAAUUAAAUUUUUAUAUAUUUUUAUUUUUACAUAAUUUUCUUGUGUUUAACUAAUAAAUCUUGAAAAACUAAUAACAAAUUUAUUAAAAAUUAAUUAAAGAAAAUUAAAUUAAA